CAGCUACUUUCCAGCAGGUCAAUCACCAAGCUAUGACAUCAUCGAGCGAGCUCAGUCUUGCGAUGAUCUCAAAGCAGUUUCAGCUUCAAAAUCACCACUUAACUUGCCAUACAAUCCUCAGACACUCAAUCAAGACAAAUCAACAAUCAGGGGAAUCAAAUUCCUAACGACCAGUAACGCGGGAAUCAACACAGAAACCAAAGCAGAAACACACACAACCUCCAACAAGAAACCAUGUCACUCAUCACAGAACGAACCGUUCUUGCCGCCCGCCGUCUGGCGCUGGCAAACAGCACGACCUCCUCCGCCGCCUCCAUGCUCCCGCGCGCCGCCUUCUCCACAUCCACACCCGUCCAAAGGUCGGCCGUCGAGUCAGCCAAGGACGCGCUCAAGAGCGUUGACCGCAAGGUCAGCGACAAGCUCGUUGACGGCAUCAACAUCGGAGCCACGGUAGCCGAGAAGCUCAAAGAUGCCUCCACCGCCACAGUAGCCGAGAAGCUCAAGGAAGCUUCCUCAGAGGUCUCCUCGGGCAAGGUGACGGGCAAGGCGGCCGAGCUGCGCGGGGAAGCGGCCGGCAAGGCGAGCGAGAUGGCGGGCAAGGCUAAAGGGAUGGCGGGGGAGGUGGAGGGCAAGGCCAAGGGCGCUGCCGCCGAGGUGGAGGGCAAGGCGAAAGAGGCCAAGGAGGAGGUGAAGGAGAAGCUCUCACCCUAACUUGACCGCGGCCUUGAGUAAGUGAGCGAGGGAAGGACAGCGGGUGGGAAGGUGGGAAUGCUGGCAGUAACGCCAUAAUGAGGGAAUAGGACGAGGAAGCUUUCACCUAUGAGUACGGGGGUUGAAGAAGGGCGGUAGUGCUGUAUGAUAUGUAUGGAACGUUGAGGAUUUCAUGGGACGGCUAUGAGCAUCGUUUUCGAAGAUAUCAAAUUGAUCAUCAAGACCACCAUUGUUGGCGGGGCGCCCUGUC